CACUGCGCCCCACGCCGGAUCAGCCCGUUUCGCGAUAAAGCAGCCCUUCUGCGUUCCAUCAACUUCUCUUUCGCCCAUUCAGUUGUCCGGACUGUGCGAUUAUUGGCGCGGCAACCCGCUCGCUUCACCCUCCAUCUUUAUCAAAGCCUCACUCCGAUUCCUCUCCAAGGCGACUUGAUUUACACCCGCCACGAUGGAUGCGCCAGAGCCCGAACAGACCCCUUUCGCGGCCGUCACAGCCCAUACCACCAAGUUGCAGAGACAAUACCAAGCGAUCUUGGAUCAGUCAACCCCAUAUGUCACAUACCGAUGGGUUGGCACAGGCGUGGGUCUGCUGGUGUUCUUCCUACGCAUUUUCGUUGCGCAGGGAUGGUACAUUGUCGCUUAUGCCUUGGGAAUCUAUCUUCUGAACCUUUUCCUGGCCUUCCUUCAGCCGAAAUUCGACCCUUCGAGCGACGCCUUGGAUAACGAGAUGGAAGAUGGCUCUGUCGGCACCCUCCCGACCAACCGAGACGAAGAAUUCAAGCCGUUCAUCAGACGUCUUCCCGAAUUCAAGUUCUGGUACUGGGCAACCAGAGCCAUUGGCAUUGCCUUUGUCUGCACCUGGUUCGCCAUCUUCGACGUCCCUGUUUUCUGGCCCGUCUUGGUCAUGUACUGGCUGAUUCUCUUUGUCCUGACCAUGCGUCGACAAAUCCAGCACAUGAUCAAGUAUCGCUAUGUGCCAUUUUCCGUUGGCAAGAAAUCAUACAACAAGGACCGAUCGUAAGCAGAUUGCAUAGCGACCGCUUAGAGACAAAGUCUCUCCUUUAGAGACUCGAAAUGGACACUGGAGAUGGAGUUUUUAAAUGGGUUGACUUUUAGUCAUGUAACAGAUUGCCAGUGCCCACAGCGUGCCAGAGUGCGCGGUGGGCUGAAUGCAAGAGACGAGUGUAUGGCAACAGAUGGGCUUCCAAAAGGGAUUACAAAAAAGCGAUUGAGGGCCUAUCGAUGAAUGCUUCAAAGGCGUAGAUGGAUGGGUUAGACCAGGUAUGACUGAUACGGAAUCGC